AUGAGAGGGCCACACUCACCCUCCGGGGAAAAUCACAAUUUACGAGAAGUUUCUGGAAUACGGGCUGCACUUUCCUCUGAUGCCUAUGUUCCAGAUGAUAGUGGAAGCCUACGGCCGACCCCUAGCCCAAUACACCCCGAAUCUCAUACCAUAGUGUUAGCCUUCGUACACGACGAGGGAGGAACGAUCAGCUCAGAUCCGUGGACCAAGAGGGAUAAGAAAGACAUGGAAGUCUGGAGGGGGGACUUAGAGAAAUUGGUCGGGUGGAAGAAGACCUACACCUAUAGGCAAAUCGCGUCGUUAAGCGACACGAUCAGCGCCCGUAACCAAGGCUGUGCAGGCAGUGAAUUCCUUUGUGUCCAUGUGUGCGGACUUGGAAGGGCAGUUGGCUUCGGCCAGAAGGAAGGCCGUCAGCGAGGCCAACAAAGCCCGAGAAGCAGAGACGCGGCUUCAGGCCUUGGAGGAAGAGAGGGGGCGACUGAAGGAGGUGGUCACGAGGAUGAAGGGGCAGCUGAAGGCAUGGAACUGACCCAUAGCCUUCAAAUGGAGAGUCUGCUGGCCACAAGCGUCCCCAAAUCCCGUCUGGACGCAUACAUCCUUGCCGGAGUUCAAAGGUAUUUGGGGUCGUCCGAGUUUGCCCUCGGAAUAAACGACGUCAUGGACUCCGCCAUGGAAAGGGGGGCGAGGAAGGUCGUUAUGGAGAUCGAGGCGGCCCGGAGGAAGGACGAGGACAUCCAACCCAUCCUCGACAAAUAUGCUGAUAGGGAGAUGAAGGGGAAGACGUCCGCGAUGCCGAGGGGGACGCAGACGCCUCCGAGGACGCCAACGGGGCCUGAUGAGGAGCCGGAGAUAGUCGCACCCGCACCUCCACCCCAAGGGCACAACUCUAGAAGCCGAGGAGGAGGGGGAACCUCGACCGACUCCAACACCAACAGUGGAGACAAGGGGAAGGACGUAGCUUCGGACUUCCCCCCUCAGCCCGAGGGAAGCUCUCGAGGCUUGCCCGCGACUCCGAGUCAUUGGGAAACGUCUGGAAUUCCCUGGAUCGACUUACAAUUGUCCGAUCCUCAUCAUGACCCGACGAACUUUUCACUGUAUGCGGCUGUAGGAAGCGUCUUGGUGGAUCCGAACGUCGACAGGAGCCGAGGACGACAAUCGGGUCUCGAGGGCCAGCUAGAAGAGGCCUUGGAAACUUUCAGGGCCUCAGAGCUGUGCGAGGCACGCAGGGCUGUCAUCAAGGCGAAGGCCGAAAACGACCGGCUGGAUAAGUUGUGGAGGGACAUGGAGGCCUAG